GGAGGAGGAGGGGGGGGAGGCGGAGGAGGAGCAGGGGGUAAGAUGGCGGAGCUGGGCAAGAAGUACUGCGUGUACUGCCUGGCCGAGGUGAGCUCCCUGCGCUUCCGCUGCACCGAGUGCGCCGACAUCGAGCUGUGCCCCGAGUGCUUCGCGGCCGGCGCCGAGAUCGGCCCGCACCGCCGAUGGCACGGCUACCAGCUGGUGGACGGCGGCCGCUUCACGCUGUGGGGCGCCGAGGCGGAGGGCGGCUGGAGCAGCCGCGAGGAGCAGCUGCUGCUGGACGCCAUCGAGCAGUUCGGCUUCGGCAACUGGGAGGACAUGGCUGCUCACGUGGGAGCCUCCCGGACGCCGCAGGAGGUGAUGGAACACUACGUGAGCAUGUACAUCCACGGCAACCUCGGGAAGGCCUGCAUCCCCGACACGAUCCCCAACCGAGUGACGGAUCAUACGUGUCCGAGCGGCGGCCCGCUUUCUCCGAGCUUGACCACGCCGCUCCCGCCGUUGGAUAUAUCGGUAGCCGAGCAGCAGCAGCUGGGCUACAUGCCGCUCCGGGACGACUACGAGAUCGAAUACGAUCAAGAUGCUGAGACUCUGAUCAGCGGCCUUUCGGUGAACUAUGACGACGACGACGUGGAAAUAGAGCUAAAAAGAGCCCACGUAGACAUGUACGUAAGAAAACUCAAGGAGAGGCAGCGGCGGAAGAACAUUGCACGAGACUAUAACUUGGUGCCCGCCUUUCUGGGGAAGGAUAAAAAGGACAAGGAGAAAACUCCCAAACGAAAGAUCACAAAAGAAGAGAAGGAGUUGAGGCUGAAACUGAGGCCCCUGUACCAGUUCAUGUCCUGUAAGGAGUUUGAGGACUUCUUUGAGAACAUGCACAAGGAGAGAAUACUUCGAGCAAAGAUUCGGGAACUGCAGCGGUAUCGCCGCAAUGGAAUCACCAAAAUGGAGGAGUCGGCAGAGUACGAGGCAGCCAGACACAAACGGGAAAAGAGGAAGGAGAACAAAAACAUAGCCAGUUCCAAGAGGGGGAAGGAAGACGGUAAAGAAGGUGAAUUUGCUGCCAUUGAAAACCUGCCUGGCUUUGAACUCUUAUCGGACAGGGAAAAAGUGCUCUGCAGCUCUCUAAACUUGAGUCCUGCGCGUUACGUGACUGUGAAAACUAUAAUCAUUAAAGACCAUCUUCAAAAAAGACAAGGAAUCCCUUCAAAGAGUCGCCUUCCCAGUUACUUAGAUAAGGUACUGAAGAAAAGGAUUUUAAACUUUCUAACAGAAAGCGGUUGGAUAUCCCGAGAUGCUUCCUGAAACUCUUCUGAUCUGAGAAAUCGCAUCAGAGGCCCCUUGCAGCCUCAAGGACUCCGUUAUUUUUUCCUGCCCUCCCCAAAGAUACAGAAACUUUCUCAUUCAAAACAGGCAAAAAACAAACAGGCAAAAACAAAACAAAAACCCACAAUAUCAUGGUCCAUCGUUCAAAUAGACUUUUGCUUUGGAUCAUGACAAAUGCUUACUUGUGACACUUCUCUGUUAGAUUUCAUUACUCGCUAGAGUACUUUGCUUUGGGUACAUUGCUAGAACAGAUCUCUUCCAUGUGAACUUACUCAAGUCCGAUGGUCCCAGGGUAGAUGCUUUACUCCUUACUGUUGGACAAACGAGUGUCAGUGUAAUCCUUGCUUUUUUUUAUUUUUGAAGGUGGGAGAUGGUUUCCAGCAAAUUGUCUUCUCCCCGUUGUUGUUUUUGGCAUAAUGCUGGCAGCAAAGCGGAGCUUACAGAAGUCCUGGGCUCUCAGGCAGAGUGAGCAGGGAUUUCUGUGACCGUUGCUAAGCUUUCAGAGCGUUCUCCUUAGUAACUACAGCCGGGGUGGUGGGACGGGGGCGAGAGGUCCUGCAGAGAGUAGGGCAGGGAUGAGCCGUGAUGGGGGGCGGGAAGGAAGGAAGGUGGUAGGUGAGGUGCCUUCAGGUGCUUGCGCUGUGGGAAGGGUUCUGGGAGAGCUGCCUUUGCACCCAGCUGCUCUGGAUGUAGAUUUGGCUUGAACUGUUGCUGAAACGCCCCACGGAAGGUUUCAGUGUUAAGUAGCAAAGCUGCAGGAGCGCGAGGCAAUUGUGGUGGUGCUCUGCUCUGGGGUCAGCGCCGCUGCGAAGUGGCGGGUUCUGGCCAGAAGGGCGGUGCAGGAGAGCGCGCAGGUAGCUGGCUCGCAGCUUUUGGGAGCCUCAGGCAGCAAAAAUCGCUGUUAGCUCUUGCUGGAGGAGCCUCUUCCUUUGGUGCCUGGGGUUUCUGAGCACAGAUGGUCUGAGGACGCGUAGCUGCCUCCUGGACUUGGUCAGGAGCUACCUCCUCAAGCUCGUAGUGCCCCCCAAGAUUGGUUUUUAACAACAAAAACAAGAAGUAAAUGAGAUCAAAAUGCACAGCUGCUGUGCUCCUGAAGCACAGAAGUGUAACUCAAGCCAUUCCAGGCUUCUCAGUGCACAUACUGUGAAAUGCACGGGGCUGAACGUGCUGAAGUUAAAACUGUUGAUGUGCGGCUGGCAGAGGGGUGACUUCAGCGCGCUGCAGCGGUAACGGUGCGCUCGGCAGGGUGCUGUGAGCUGUCAGAGGGCUGCCGAGCGAGCCGGGUGCCCGCAGCAGGCGCGAGCUUGCGGCGUGGCACAGCACGUGGCGGCACCGCCUGAGCCGCACCAGUAUUUUAGCAAUACGUGCCGAUUAAGGGAGCGACGUUGAAAGAUGACUCGGAAAGGAUUCUUAGCCUCGCUUCGUUCUUAAGGUCCUGUGCUGGCGGUUACCCAAAUGAAUAAUUUAAAAAAAAAAAAAAAGUUGAUGCUGUCCAGAGCAGGAAGCGGUGACGGAGAGGCCAGCUGGGCAGCUCUUCUGGAGUGCGGAUGUGCCAAAACAUGGACCUUGACAGGGUUCAGAACAAAUGCACGCGCUGGAAAUGUAAUCUCGUGUGGAUACUCCGGGCUGCAGUCAGUGAGGGUACUGUGAAACCUUAGAACCAGUAUUAAUUCUGCACCUUGGCAGAGGCACCCUGACCAGUCUUCAGUUAGCAGAGCCAGCAUUGUCAAAGCAGUGUUAGCAGGCAGUUCAGACUAAAGAGGGUACAGAUACAAAGCCAGCAUUUCUAAGGAGACAAACGAAACCAAACUCUAGUGCCUUUUUCUUUUGAGCUUGUGACAGUCUGUCCCUUGGAAAAGGGAAGGGCUAUGGCCCCUCUGCCCUAACGCCUUGUCUGGCUCGCCCGCGAGCGGCGUGCCGUGGGGUCCCUGAGGCAGACCCGUGGCAGCCUGUAGCUGCCCGUGCGUGCCGAGCAGCUUCACCAACACCAACCCCUUCCACCCGACACGCGCGUACAUAGAGCGCACAAGCCAAGUUCAGAAGGUAUAAACCGAGAUUUCCUCUGGCCUACGCCCGUGGAAAGGAAGCUCACCCUUUCUUUCGAGGAUUGUGGUUAUGCAAUGUGGUUCUUCCCGUACCCCGUUUCCUAGCUGCCCUAACACACUGGUGGUGGUCGGGAGCCUCAGCUCUGUGUGUAGCUGGGAGCUUAAAAUAAUUGUGGGUCUUCUGAUUUUUUUUUUUCCUCAAAUAUAAUUUUUAUAUUUCUAUAGUGCUUCGACACACCUAAGUCUAACUGAAGCAAUAGCCUAAUGCCCGUCUGAACAAUAACUUAAAAAACAAAAAACCUAGGCACCAAUGAGUCAUUUAAAUGCUGUAGAAAUUAAUUCUGUGCUUACACUUUGCUUAAUUCCUCAGCCCCUCCAAAAUGUUUCUUUGGUGCUAGACGUAACUUAUUGAACAUCAAAAUGAAUGUAAAAUAAAGUAUUUUUAAUGUAUGAAAUAUGGAUAUCAAUAUUUAUUUUAUACUUGCAAGCAAAUUCAAGGUGGUAAAUGUUUGCUUUAGCAAAUGCUGCUCCCUUGGAAAGGGCUUCCCUAGAAGCAAUGUCUGAGUGUCAGCUGUGCUUUUAAUUUUAAAAGUGACUUGCACUAGAGGAUGCUGCUGUUCCAUAUUUUCACGUGGAACCGAUUUAGCCUAAGCAUUCCUUUGUUAUGAGCUGCUGUUUUGUUUUCUUCAGUUGAGAUGCAGUUAUCUUAAUCCAGCAAUUUACUCGAGUUCUGCUGCUUCUCUUGUGUGGUGAAGGGGCUGAGAACAACCAUGGCAAACGCUCUUCAGCUUGUAUCUUGUGUUUAUCAGGAAGCGUUUCCUGUAGUGUACAAAUACUCCAGGCUUCGUGUUGCUAAUGAAAAGGUGUUUGAUAUGCUUACCUCUUGACUAUUUCUUGACUAAAAAUAUUCCUAAUGAUAGUAUCUGUCCUAACAGCAUUGAUGUAAGCCUAUGAAAAAGUGACAGUCCAUCAGCUGUUCAAAAUACUGAUCUUCUGCUACUGGUCGAGGCAGCAAUAAUCCAUUUUGAUGCUGUUCACUUAAUUCCAUCAGUCCGGUGAUGCUUUACAGUACUGCUUGCUCGCUAUGUAACGAAGGAGCAGUAACCUCUGGUCUCUGUGUGCAACCGAGCCCAAAGGGCUUGUAGGGCAGUGCUCUGGAUGCAGACCUCCUGCCCGGUCCCAGCAAGCAUUAACAACACCACAAGUGGGUUUGCACAAGUCUUUGACCACAAACGGCCUCGUUAAUCACACAACCUAAGCAUGCUGCCAUUACUCUCUUGUGUGGUGGCUGCAUCAAAUUUCUUUGCGACUGUAACUGACUUCCUUAGCCUUUUGGUUUCCUAUUCUUUCUUGCAAAAUGUUUUUUUGCAUGUGCCCCGGUUGCUCUUAAGCGAUGAUGAAUUAAAAUACUGUGAAGGAAGGCACCUGGUGAGCACUUUAAGUUCAUCAGCUGCUUCCUUAAAGGGAAUGUUGCACUCAUUUGAGUGGUGUACUGGCGUCGCUGUGCCAGGCACACAAAUGCCUGUGCUGGAAUCAUGUAAAAUCUAACUGAUGUUGUGCGCACUCAGUGUUUUACUAGGUUUUUGCAUUGUAUAUUGGUAAAUAAACUUGUAUUAAAAGUUCCUUUCCAUUAUUGAUUUCAUGGCAACGUAGCUUGUAUUAGAGCGAUGAAAAUCGCUAAAAUCUUGCCAGUAGUAAGUAGAGAUGCGUUUUGGCUAAGUGGUGGUGGGCGGAGAAAUGAUCUUGACCAAUCAGUUAAGCCAGAGACAGCGGCACUGGCAGCUUUGUCAACUGCUCUCUCUUAUGCUUAAGCUUCAGAACCACCUGGGCUUUGGUUUCUUCAGUGCCUCUGACCUGUACACUCUGCUGUACGGCGGUGGUUUGAGCUCUUCCUAAAGGCUCUCUGUACUGACAGCCUCUCUGAAGGCGCAGGCUGAGGGAAAGAAACAAAUCAACUCAGCUGCUGUUAAAGAUACGAGUUUGAGUCUUGUGCUGAGCGUUUAACGGUAAGUUGUGUUUAACCGUACCUUGAAUGAAGUAAUGUAGUCAAAAAAGACACUGUGAGGAGCUGGAGCUCACUGACAAAAUCUUGAUCUGCUGUGGAAGAACCUGGCCCUCUGCCUUAGCUGUCCUGCUGGAAAAAUCUUCUACACUAAUGAAGUUAAAUUUAGUUUAGAUAAAGAGUAGGGUUUUUUUUCCUUUACUUUUAAAAAGGUACAUAAGUUGACACUGGUCCCUUAAGGGCAUGUCGCAGCUGAACAAAGGAUCCAACUGAAAGUGCAACAACAACAA